AUGCAGUACAUGAGCCAGGCCACUGGCUGGGCUGAUAGCUUUACUCUUGCAAUGGCGCCCCUCGGAAUCCUUACAAUUGUUGUCAGUGCUAUCAGAGUUGUAGGGCCGUCUUGGCUAAAGGCUAUUAUCGGCAGAGCCAGAGAGAAUCUGGCAGCUGCAGAGGUCGAGCUGAUGUCUUCAACUUCUGAAGAUGUCUGUGAGUUGUGGAAUGGUUCUGAGAUUGUCCGAAGUCUUGGGUCACCUCCAGUGCGGGAAUUCAUUAUUCUAAUACCAAAAUCUCGGAAAGGUGACGCUUCACUCACUGGAUGUUGUGACUUUGAGUGUAAAACUAUCACAGAGGCCGAGAAGGAGGGCCAUUUAAUUACUACUAAGGAACGUGGAGACUCAGAAAGAGGGGCGAGUAUGUGCAGUUCCAAGGGAACAAAUGCAAAAGGGAUCGAACUCAACGAUUUGGGCACGCCAGCCCCAGAUUCCAAGACCCGGCCCAAAGUCAUCAUCAUUUACAACGAGUCAACAUCGGCGCCUAACAUAUCGCUGAAUGUCCAUUCACAAAAAAGGCUUGAGGUCCGGAUUGCCGCAGUGAUCGGCACCUUUCUCCAGCUGGGAGUUCUCAUCUAUGCUGGAUUCGCAACAUACUACCAUACCUUGAAGUUUCCAAAGGAAGAGAACCGACCGGUGUCGAAUUACGCAUUUCCUUGCACGGCUAGUGGAACAAUAGUCUUGGUAACUGGGUUGCUUCUUUGUGCCGAUGUUGUUGAGAAGAGAACUGCCGAGGAGGCUCGAAAGCCAGCAACUGGUUAUGAGGCCUAUCCGAUUUGGGUACAACGCCAAGCAACCGUCGGAGACCAGGUGUUCAAGUCUUUUGGAAUCUUUUCCAAAACAUCUAGAAAAGAGGUUUUGACGUCACGUCGUAAUACUCUUUCCAAAACACAAACCGAAGUCUCACUCGUCGACAGGACUGUUGAAGUCGUUUGCUACAUACCAUUGCAAAUUGUGGAGUUGUUCAAAAAGGCUCUGAAUAAGCAGACGUCUUCAUCUACCGAGAACUCAGUGCAGUCUUCUAAAACAACACUGGGAUCAUUCCUCAGUAUUUCCGGAUAUGUUGUACAGUUUGUGGGACUGCGAGACAUGCAUUGGUCUGUGUCUAUUAUCCAGCUUGGGGCGGUUGUAUUCAUGACAGCUGCCCGGGCGGCCAUUCGCCGAGGACUCGCCGUUCCUCCAAAUGCUCGAUCUCUGGCUCAAAACUUUGAGCUGGAGUGGCUAGCAUCUACACUUGCUGGUACAGAUGGCUUCCGUUGGGAAGUAUCCGAAUCCGGUAGCUCAGCUUGGACAGACUGGGUCGUUUUAGGUGAUGAAGGCAUUCAGCUUCAGUCCCCGGAUGACACAAGAGAUAGCGCUGAAAGCCACACUCACUCAAACAAUCAACAAAACCAAGGUGUAAGUCAAGAAGAUAUUGUCAAGGAUUAUAAUGAAGAAAGCGAAGACGAUAGCGAAGACGACAGCGAAGAAGAUCGAGGUAGAGAAGAUAUUAAAAACAGUCCAGAGGAGAGCAGCAGUGGAAAUCAGAGCGAUACAGAAGCCCAGAGUAAGGUCAAAAACGACAACAGUGGCGAUAUCGAGACAAAUAAUGGCAUUGAGGCCGCAGAUGGGCAACGAAGUGGUAGUGUGACGGAAAGCAGAAAUGAAGGUCACGCGAACACGGUCUGUUCAAAGUCUCACAAUGUUAUGGCCCUUCGGUCUCACUUUGCAAAAGUUACAGGUUGGCAAAGUCCAGUAUUCGCUGAGGCAAGCUCUCUAUCUAGAGCUAUCGAAGUGGUCAUGAAUACCUUGUUCCUUAACAACAGGCUCGAGCAUUUCAAUUGGGCGUUACGAGCUACCUAUAACAAUUCGGAGCCUCAAGUCAUCAACGUCUCCUUGAGCCUGAUCAACGGAAACUGGCAGAUUAACCGCCACCAUGUCGAAGCGAUUUUAUCACUUUGGAUAUUUUCUUUGCAAAAUGUUCGGAAAGACGAAAACACCAAUCAGAAUGAAGAUACCACUACAGACGGACCAGGCGUACACCUAUUAGGCACAGACACACCACAGCUUCGACGUGACCUUCGGUGGUGGGUACCUCGCGACCUCAAGAAAGCAAUUCUCGUUCGAGAAGGUCCUGAAGGUUCUUUAGUUGUUGAAAAGGCUCUUGUUGUCGGUUACGGAAGAGCCACGCCAACAAAGGUGAAGCUGGAAAGAAUACAGCUGGAUGAAGACGACGAUGAACCACCUUACGGACAGGCCAUGGAACAUGGAUUCUUGGCAAUAGAGUCAUUCCGGCCACCGGCUUCUCUAUAUGCUCUAGACCUGUUUUCGUCUUUCAUGAAGGCAGUGGCAAGAACCAUGGAUGAGCCAAUUCAAGGCCAAGGAGAGAUUAGGCCAAAUGACUCUGGCAACCUUGGGUCUUGGACUUCAUUCACUUUACAUAACACACUGUUGUCGAAAAUGGCCGGUGAAAUCCAGGGCACCGGCCUUGCGCCACUCAGUGAAGUUUACUCUGCAAUCAUCCCGUCUCUUAGCAUCAAAAAUAAACUUCCACUGGUCGACAACAUCGUUGAGCUGGCUCGAGAACAUGCAAGGCCACAUGAAGAGCGGGGUGAUAUGAAAAAGGCAACAGAAGUUUACAUAUGGCUAAUUAAGACAGCUCGGCUUUUCCCAAGUGAUACGUCAUUUGUUGCAAAAUCUACAGCGGUGAUACUUGAUCAACGAGAUCAGCUGAUCAAUUCCAUCAAGCUAUCAGAUCGUCUUAGACCGAUUGCCUCACCACUAACGGAUCUUUCCGAGAGUAGGAUCAAAAGUGAAAAAGGCCGAGGACCAAAGGAAACCCCACUUCGACAACAAAUCGAUAAUGAGCUGCAGCUAGGCGAGCCAGAAAGCAGAAGCUUCUUAAUCCGUUUGAUGCUCUUGUACGAUGACCAGUGUCGUCUUGACAUACUCCCCUCUCAAUUCGCCAAGAUUGCAGAUCACGAUCCAACCUUUUUACGACUAAGACGAUCUAUCCUAAGCAGUCCACCCAGGGAGUACGAAGAGGGGACUGAAAAACGUGAUAUAACCGGCUGGACACAACUCCAUCGGGACGCCGCUGCAGGAAAAGAGUUCGAGCUAUCUGUGUUGCUGAAGGACGAUAUAGAUCCAGACACACGCGACCUCCUCGGGCAGACAGCACUACAUUUAGCCUGCCAAGCGGGCAAAGUUGAAACGGCAACCAUCCUUGCUAGGAACGGUGCAGACAUCAAUGCGAAAACCAGAAAUUGGUCUACGCCCCUUCACUACGCAGCUAGGCAAGGCGAUCUGUCGAUUGUUAGAUUGAUUGUUGAGUCUGGGGCGGAAUUUGACGCAAUGGAUUCAGUAAGAAUGACUCCAGCUAUGUGGGCCGCACUCGAAGGAAAGAAGAGUGUUCUGUCCUAUCUGUGGAAGAAUUCAAACCUCAACUUGCGAGAUUUUGGUGGCAGAGCAGUGCUCCAUCACGCAGUUCUAUCCGGAUGUUGUGGUGUAGUUGAUGUUUUUGAGAAAGGGAUAGACGCCGAAGUUCGAGACCACGAAGGUCGAACACCUCUACAGCUGGCUGUACUUCAUGGAAAUGAAGACGCAUUCUCAAUCCUUCGCACCAAGUUACAAGCCGACAUGGGUGCAUUGGACAAUGGCGGGAAUCAUUUGCUGCAUCUCGCCGCUGUCGGCGAGCAAAUGGCGAUGAUGAAUCAACUCGCCAAAUCAUUUGACUCGGACGUCAAUUGCAAAGACAAUCGUCACGAGACCCCGCUUCAUCUAGUAGUGCGGGAAUGUAAGGACACAUCCAUCGAAGCCUUGAUAGAAGUGAAAGCCAAUCUGGAGGCUAGGAAUAUCUCUGGAGAAACACCUUUGAUGAUUGCCUGUCGUCUGAAUAGGAUCAAGAUUAUCCAACAACUAAUUAGCUUUGGUGCCAACAUAGACACUACCACAAACUCUGGGGAUUCUGUCCUAAUUACAGCUGUCAUUUAUGGCCACAGGAAGGUUGUUGAGUAUCUUUUACAGACAGAAGUCGACAUAGAUAAUCAGGACCGGUCAGGCCGGACCGCUCUGCAUACAGCAGCGAGGUUCAACCGCAGAAAGAUCAUUGAAUUGCUUAUAGAUGCAGGAGCAAAGAAGGAAAAGCCUGACAACGACGGAAGGACGCCGCUGCACGGGGCCGCGGAGGGAGGCUAUAGUGCAGUUACUAAAUUACUACUGGUGAAGGGCGCCGAUAAAGACGCCAGAGACAGCGAAGGUAUGACUCCACUACAUCAUGCAGCUUGCAAAACUGGGAUAGGGGUUUUAAGACUCCUCAAUCAGGGCAGAAAGCCUUUCAGGACAAUAGGGCAGAUUAGGGAUGCCGUGGACCGGGAACUGGAAAGGAUUGUGAAACUUCUCCUGGAAGCAGGUGCAGAGAGGCAAACUGCAAACAAAGAAGGGAAAACAGCACGACAGCUGGCAGAGGGGGCAGGCAAACAAAGGCUGGUGGAGAUGAUAGACACAAUUCAGGCAAAGUCACAAUAG